AGGCGCGGAGGAGGCGCGGCCGGCACGGGACGCCUGGCUGGGCCCGGCCACCGGACAGGCGCUGCUAGUUCUCACCGGCCUAUUGGCCGGCUGCUCGGAGCCCGCGGCGGUAGCGGCGGCGGCGGGGGAGGCGGGCGGCAUGCGCGUGUGAGAUGCGGCCGCGGGCAGCCGGGACGCGAACAGCGAGCGCCGCGGUAGCGGAGAAGGCAGACGCGGCCUCCUCGGCGCGGGGCGCGCGGUGCAUGAGGGCGAGCACGCGGGCGCAGGGCAGCCGCCGGCCGCGCCGCCUCUAUAAACACUUGUUUAGGACUCGUUCGCCACGCUGAGGCCUCGGCCGCGCCGCCAUGGAGGCCUCGCCUGACCCCGGGCCCCACGCUUCGGCAUCGGCCGCGGCCGCCGCGCCGCUCCGCGCCGCAGAGGUGGCGCGACUCCGCGAGGAACAGGAAAAGGUGGUCACUAACUGCCAAGAGAAAAUCCAGCACUGGAAGAAGGUAGAUAAUGACUAUGAUGCCCUGCAAGAAAGACUCAGUACUUUGCCUGAUAAGUUGUCUUAUAAUAUCAUGGUACCCCUUGGCCCCUUUGCCUUUAUGCCAGGAAAGCUUGUCCAUACCAAUGAGAUCACUGUUUUACUUGGGGACAACUGGUUUGCAAAGUGCUCAGCAAAGCAGGCUGUGGGCUUAGUUGAACACCGGAAAGAACAUGUAAGGAAAACAAUAGAUGAUUUAAAAAAAGUGAUGAAAAAUUUUGAAUCCAGAGUUGAAUUUACAGAAGAUUUGCAGAAAAUGAGUGAUGCUGCAGGUGAUAUUGUUGAUAUAAGGGAAGAAAUUAAAAGUGACUUUGAAUUUAAAGCAAAGCAUCGAAUUGCUCAUAAACCUCACUCCAAACCAAAAACUUCAGAUAUCUUUGAAGCAGACUUUGCAAAUGGUAUGAAAUCCAAGGAUUUGCUUGCUGACAGGGAACUCUGGGAACGACUUGAAGAACUAGAGAGACAAGAAGAAUUGCUGGGUGAACUUAAUACUAAAACUGAUACUGUGAUUGCAAAUGGAGAAGAUGCAACCUCUUCUGAAGAGGAAAAGGAAGAUCAGAACAUAAAUGUGAACAGGAUGCAUCAAAUAACAGACUCUGUUUUUUCUAGCAGUUGUUAUAACAAUGUUACAAAUUCAGAAAUGUUUAAUGGUCAUAUGAAUAGUCAGUUGAACUGUUCAAUCAAUGGUGCAAAUUCUUAUAGUAAUGAAGAGGAAGAAGAAGAUGAUGAUGAUGAUAAUAAUAGUGAAAGUGAUCAUGAUGCUCUAGGAAUUGAAGAUAACUCUAUUCCAACAAUAUAUUUUUCUCAUACUGUUGAACCUAAGAGGGUCCGAAUAAAUACUGGAAAAAAUACCACUUUAAAAUUCAGUGAAAAGAAAGAAGAAGCCAAACGUAAACGAAGAAAUAGUUCUGGCAGUGGCCAUUCUGCCCAGGAAUUGCCUUCAAUCAAGACACCUGCCGACAUUUACAGAGUUUUUGUUGAUCUUGUGAAUGGAGAGUACGUUCCUCGUAAGUCAAUUCUGAAGUCUCGCAGCAGAGAGAACAGCGUUUGCAGUGAUACCAGUGAAAGCAGUGCUGCAGACUUUGAUGAUAAACGGGUAGUUCUGAGGAGCAUUAGCUGUGAAGAGGCCUCUUGUAGUGACACCAGUGAAAGCAUUUUGGAAGAACAACAAAAUCAUCAAAAGAAACCCUUGCCCUUAUCAGGGUCACCUGAGGCCUUUUCUGGAACUGUGAUAGAAAAAGAAUUUUUAUCAUCCUCCUUAACACCACAUCCAGCCAUGGCUCAUCCUGUAUUGCCCACCAUCCCAGAACGAAAAGAAGUUCUGUCAGAAGUAUCAGAAGAAAAUACUAAAAGAGUUUCAAAGUUCAAAGCUACCAGAUUACAGCAGAAAAACUAGGCCCUGCUUAGGAAAUAGGACUUUAUACCCUAAAACCCAGUUUUACAUUUAAUAAAAUAUAUAGAGCAAAAUAUGUUAUAUAUAUAUAGUGUGAAAUAAAGCAUCCUGAGGUAAUAUGGCAGCAAGUUCUUUUACUCUCAUCAGCAAUGUUAAAAAAAAAAAAUCAAUGCUAAUGUUUGAAUACUUUGAUAUUCAACUUGUUUUGUUCAUUCACUGAUAUUGUCAGCACUCUCAUGUAAGUUUGCCUUAUGAUGCAAUGACAACACUUUGAAUUAUAUUUCAAAGAAUACUGUUUGUAUGCAUUGUUUUUGUGUUUUGAACUAAAUACAGGCAGUUUUGUGCCAGCUGUGGUGGUGUGCAUACCAUAUGGACCAUUUUAAAGAAUCUUAAAAUUUCAAAUGAAUUCAACAGUUACUUGCUUUAACAUUCUAAAGGCACUUUAAAAAAUCUACUCCUUGUAGGUUUUGCAGCUAAGUAGCUAUUUAGAAAUCCUCUCCCCUUUGGCUGUCAUUUUGUAGUCUCUAAGGCUGAAAACUCCAUGUACCCUAUGGGAAAGUUUCUUUGACUGGAAGAACAGUAUUUUGUAAAACUUUUUUUUUUUUUUCAAGUAAAUAUUUUAUGAAACUUGGUCUCUAAAAUGUUGUGAACUUUAUGAUUCAGUUUUGAUUAAUACAUGCUACUUGCGUUACACAAUGGAUCCUACAAUUACAUAAUUCUAUAGGCAUUCAUUCUUCUCUGUUGUGUGCAGUUUUAACUGGAAUUAUAUAUUUUAAGGAGAGAAGAAAUGGUUUUAUAGAUGCUAAGAAACAGUUUUUUUAAAUAGGAAAUUUUAUGUUUUAAUCUUCUCAACAUUUUCAUUCCCUAAGGCCUGCUUUCCUACUAGUAAAUAAUUGAAAUAACAUAUUUACUUUUAGCAAAAGCCCCUUAAAAUAAAGAGAAAUUUAUUCUAACAAUGUGAAAUUACACCGCAAAUGUUAAUCAUUAGCUUGAUGCAUGCUAAAAUGUAGCUUUUAAAAAGCAUUCAGUAUUAGUACUAAAAUAAGCCAUCAAUACCAGUCCACCCUCUAUUCAUGGCUAAAUAUUUAAAGGUUAUUUAUAGCUUACUUAAUGAAUUCUUGCUUAAACAAAGUGAAAUUAUGUCCUGGAAAAGUAGAAGCUAUUUGUAACUAGAACAGCACAACUGUAAAAGUUUUAUAAAUAUGUAUUUUGCUAAUAAGGGAGUCUGAUUUUCUACAAGUUAUUGGAUAACUCAGAACAGAGGACUGAUUUUGAAGAUUGCCUAAAAAUGUAGCUUUGUUCUUUAGUAAAUUUUGAUUAAAUGUGUAAAUGUU